AUGGUGGCCUCGCAGAGUAUUUCCCGCCAGCGGCCCGGUUCUGCUUGUGAGGAAUGCCGUCGCCGUAAGGUCCGCUGUGACCGUCGACGUCCACAAUGCCAAGUGUGCUUCGAGACUGGUAUCGAGUGUAAGAUAAGCACCACGAGACUUCCAAGGGGACCGCGAAAGGGUCAGCUGCGGACAUUGAGAACACGGAUCGCUGCCCUUGAACGCUGCCUGGCCGACCAGCAUCCGGGAAUCAAUCAGCAAAUGGCAGGGUUGUUUGACGGCGCAGGAGUCGAGUGCGACUCUGAAGAAGAUCCCCUCCGUGAGAUAGCUACACUGCCUGAACAAAUUCCCGCAAUAUGUUCCGACGACCAGCAAGGAGGUGGGUCACCACGGUCCCCCGAUCCUCAAACACGGCCAAGCGGACUAGUCUCCGAUCUGAUGCGCGCAGAUCUAGAUCAAUUGUACUUUGAUCGUGUGCACCCCUUUUCUCCUAUCUUACAGCGCUGGCGCUAUCACGUGUGGGCGAGACAACCCAAGAAGAGUGAAGCUCAGAUAUGCCUACAGUAUGCUAUGUGGACGGUAGCCGCUUCCUUGUCGGCCCACUUUCAAUCCCUCCGAGACACUCUGUACCAGGAGACGCGCCGGAUGUUGGAUGCUAUGGACCUCCAAAGCCCCGUUGGCGGGAUACUGGCAGUUGAGCAAGCGCAGGCAUGGGUAUUGGUUUCCGUUUACGAGUACAUGCAGAUGUCGCCUCAGCAGGCAUGGAUGAGUGCUGGUCGAUGUUGUCGCCUGGUCCUGGGUAUGCGGCUAUACGAGAUAGAUGAUCCUAAUAACCCCGUAACAAUGGCUCGGGAGCAUGAACCGAGCUUAGUGGAUUGGACCGGGCUGGAGGAGCAGCGGCGAACCUUUUGGAUGGCCUAUUCAUUGGAUCGGUUUAUUAGCUUCCACAACGCGCUGCCAUAUACCUUAAAUGAACACCUGAUUGCGACUCGACUGCCGACAUCGGAAGAAGACUUUCAAGCUGGCCAUCCUACGGCAACCCCGUUUCUGCCGGAAGUCAUGACGGGCUAUUCAAGCAGCGAUAGUGCCAGCGGCCAAUCCUCUUUUAGUGAAUGCAUCAUCCUAGCCACACUAUGUGGCCGGGCACUCUCACACAGACAAACUUCGGCUGUGGAGCAAAUGAAUGGAGGCCUGGUUGAUGGACUGUGGACUCGGCACCAAUGGUUGCAUGAAAUGCUCACCUAUCGCAUCCAGGUGCUCUCCGCGUCAGCACAUGUGGACCCGAUGCUGAUUUUCGCGAGGAUCGUAGCGCAGACAUUAGUUCUAUUCCUACAUAGCGUACUGGAAGCGAUAACAUGGAAGACAGGUGAGCAUUUGUUAGGUAUUUUCGAGUAUGAGCGCCUUUGCGUGAUGGCCGCACACGAAGUUGUCAAUCUGGUGAAGCUACAGGGCCAACUAGGGUAUUUUAAGGUGCAUCCAUUGACCCCGAUCCCGAUCAUGAUGUGUACCGAGUUCUUCACAGCACAUGCGUAUCUUGACGGCUCCUUCGAUAUCAUGCUACAGGAACUGCUCGAAUGCCUGCAGGAUUUGGACCGAGUGAAGAAUCCGAGCCAGAGCCCUGGGAUAUCUGUUUAA